AUGCAAUUUUUUAGUUGCUUGUGUUGUGGUAAAGGAUUUGAUGGGAAAAAGAAGGUGAAGAGUGAACCAUCAUGGAGGAUUUUCUCACUUAAGGAGCUUCACGCAGCUACAAACAGUUUUAAUUACGAUAAUAAACUCGGUGAAGGUCGAUUUGGAAGUGUGUAUUGGGGUCAACUAUGGGAUGGUUCUCAAAUUGCGGUGAAGAGAUUGAAGGCAUGGAGUAGUAGAGAAGAGAUAGAUUUUGCUGUAGAAGUCGAGAUUCUUGCUCGUAUUCGACACAAGAAUUUAUUGAGUGUACGAGGUUACUGUGCGGAAGGACAAGAACGACUCAUUGUGUAUGAGUAUAUGCCAAAUUUGAGCUUGGUUUCGCAUCUUCAUGGUCAGCAUUCGUCUGAGUCGCUUCUUGAUUGGACCAGGCGGAUGAAUAUCGCAGUAACUUCUGCUCAGGCAAUCGCCUACUUACACCAUCAUGCAACACCUCGAAUAGUCCAUGGAGAUGUUAGAGCAAGCAAUGUGCUGCUAGAUGCCGAGUUUGAAACGCGGGUUAUGGAUUUCGGGUAUGGUAUACUGAUGCCAGAUAAUGCAGAAGAUGGAGCUAACAAAGCCACCAAGGGUAAUAAUCUUGGGUAUCUCUCACCGGAAUGUACUGAAACAGGAAAAGAAUCAGAAAUGGAAGAUGUGUAUAGUUUCGGUGUUGUUUUGCUGGAGCUGGUUACCGGUAAGAGACCUAUAGAAAAGCUAAACCAAACAACAAAACAAGGUAUUACCGAAUGGGUGUUACCUUUGGUUUACGAUAAAAAGUUUGGCGAAAUUGUGGAUCAAAGGCUAAAUGGAAAGUAUGUGGAAGAAGAGCUGAAAAGGAUAGUUUUGGUAGGGCUUAUGUGUGCUCAGAAUGAGAUAGUGAAGAGACCAACAAUGUCUGAAGUGGUCGAAAUGCUGAUGAAUGAAUCAAAGGAGAAAAUGUCUCAGCUUGAAGCUAAUCCACUCUUCAACAGAAACAAUGGAGAGGAAAUUGUAGAACAUCAUUGA